CAUGGAUCCAAAAAUAAAGUCUAUUCUUAUUGACAAUAUGUCAUCUGAAUGGAAAAAAUUUGCACAUGGUACCGGAAUAAAUCCAGUUAUUAUAGAUUAUGUGGAUCUGGAUGAAGGGACAAGUGAAGAAAAAAUGGAAACUUUUCUUUCUGAGCUAAUUAAACGAUAUUCUAGUAACUUUUUUCCAAUGGUAGAGAAAUCUUUAAAAGAGUUAGGAAGCAUACGUGUUUUAAAGGAAAUUCAAACGUUUUAUGAAAUCGCUCGAUUGAAACUCCAUUAUGUUUCAAUUUAUGAUGCUACUAUGCAACAAACUAAUCAGGACAUACAAACACACAACUCUGUUAAUCUUUUUACAAGUCAUUUUAACUUGGCUGAAAUGGAUGAUAGUUAUUGUGAGAUUGAUAAUGAGUGGGAGGAUUUUGUUAAAAAACAAAACAGUUAUAAAAAAGUGACAUUUAAUGAUGUAUUCUCACAAGCGCAUCCAUUACUUUUAGUUUCUGGCAUUGCUGGAAUUGGGAAGACAUAUUUUCUCAAGAAAUGUCUUCUCCUUUGGGCAAAUGGAAUUAUUUGGAAAGAUAUAGAUUUUGUUUUUUAUUUUGAUUUUAACAAAAUAAAUGAAUUGCAAAACAUUUCAAGCAUAAAUGAACUUAUACAGAGAUUUUAUGGAAACAUUCUGAAGGGACCUGAAAUUUCUUCAAAAUGGGCAAUUACAAUAGUUAUGGAUGGAUUAGAUCAAUUCGCUCAUUUAAAGAAGUUAAUACAUCAUAAGUUAAAUGAGCCAAGUGAUAUUCCUUUGUUGGUCACAUUAAAGCAUGUGCUUAGUUCAAGACAAAUGAAAUGUGUUCUUGCAGGAAGAGUUAAAGCUAUGGCAUUAUAUCGGAGUGUGUAUAAUGAUAAAGAUGACAUUACAAAUAUCCAAGUCAUGGGUUACAGUAACAUAGGAAUGAAGUUUUACACUGAAAAUAAUUUGACUAGUACCAAUUUAAUAAAUGAUUUAAAUGAAGUUUUCGCAUCAUCUUUUGAAGCAAAAGCAUUGUUUUCAGUUCCUCUUUACUUAAAAGCAGUAUGCAAAACACUCUUGAACCUUGUUAUUGUCUCCGUGACAACUCUUACUGAGAUACUAACACUAAUUUUUUAUUAUUUUUUACAAAUGAAAAACAAAUCAAAACCGCUGUAUAAAUUAAUGCACACUAAUUAUCUAUUAAUGUUAGAAACAUGCAGAACUGCAUUCAAUUUGUUAGAAAACUGUAAUGUUUCUAUUUCCUUCGAAGAAAAAACACAUAAUCUUGAUUUAAUGAAAAUAAAUUUACUUGAAAUGUUAAAUAUUAUUCAACGAUACGAGUUUAGUCAUUUUAUUUUAUUGAAAUAUUGUGCUUCUGUUCAUAUAUAUUUAUGUGAAAGUCCUCAAAUAGUUUUAAACAACGAAAGGUUGCAUACUUGUUUACCUAUUGUUACUGGACUAGAAUUUGGCAAAGAUAAAAGUUUUUUAAGCUUAAUUAGCAACUUAAAAAUGCCUGUUUAUAAAAAGAAACUUUGGCUUCAAGAAGUUUUAGAGUACGGUGAUAGAAAAUUAUUUAUCCAAUGCCUUUAUGAAUCGAAAACAUCUUUCAAUAAUGAUUUAAAAGUAUCAAUAGAUGUGUUGAAUAAAUGGAGUCAAAGCAAUCACGAUGGAAGUGCCGAAGUGAUUGCAGAGAAAUAUUUUAUAAAGAAAAUCACAGAAUUUAGAAAAUAUCUUUAUAGUGAAAAGUUGGAAUACAAUGACUUGAAAAUGCGUGUUGAGAAAACAAUGUCAGAAGCAAUGGGUUCAUAUGAAAGAAAACAAUUUGAUAAUGCAAAAUUAAUACUAACAGAAGUAGAAAACAUGCAAAAAGAAAUUUUAGGAGAGAAACAUGUUGAUACAUUAACUACUAAAUACUGGAUUGCUAUGUGUUUAUAUUAUAAAAAACAUUUUGAUGAAGCAGAAAAAAUAUUUAGAGAAGUAAAUAUUAUGCAAAAGGAGGUUUUAGGAGAUGACCAUGAGAAUACAUUAAAAACAAAACAUGGUAUUGCAAAAUGUUUAUACGAUAAAAAAGAAUUCAAUGGCGCUGAACAAUUAUACAUAGAAGUAGAAAACAUGCAAAAAGCUGUUUUAGGAGAGAAACAUAUUGAUACACUAAGUACUAAAUACUGGGUUGCGAGAUGUUUGUAUAACAAAAAUCAAUUUAAUGAAGCUGAAAAUUUACUGAGAGAGUUAGAAACGAUAAGAAAAGAAGUUUUAGGAGAUGAACAUGCGGAUACACUAAAUUCUAAAUACUGGAUUGCCAGAUGUUUACAUGAUAAAAAGCAGUUUGAUGAAACGGAAAGGUUAUUAAAAGAAAUAGAAACCAUUCAAAAUAAAGUUUUAGGUGAGAAUCAUUUAGAUACAAUAAACACUAAAUACUGGAUUGCAAGAUGCUUAUAUAAUAAAAAGCUGUUAGAUGACGCUGAAAAAUUAUUUACAGAAGUAGAAAAAUUACAAAAAGAAGUUUUAGAAGAAAACCACGAGGAUCAACUAAGUACAAAAUACUGGAUUGCAAGAUGCUUAUAUGAAAAAAAGCAGUUUGAUGAUGCAGAAAAUUUAUUAAGAGAUGUGUGUAAUAUGCGAAUGAAACAUUUAGGAGAUAAACAUGUUGAUACUCUAAAUUCAAAAUACUGGAUUGGAAGAUGUUUGUAUAAUAAGAAAAAAUUUCAUGAUGCUGAAAACUUAUUAAUAGAAGUAGAAAAAUUUCAAAAAAUUGUUUUGUGUUCAAAACAUGAAGAAACAAUGGACACAAAGUUCUGGAUAGCAAGAUGCUACUUUGAAAAUAAUCAAUUCGACAUUGCAGAAAUAUUAUUAAGAGAAGUAGAAAACACACUAAAGGAAGUUUUUGAAAAUAAAAAUGAGGAAAUAUUAAAUAUUGAACACUGGAUUGCGUUGUGCUUAUAUUGCACAAAACAAUUCGAUAACGCAGAAAAACUAUUUACUGAUGUUGAAAAUAUGCGAAAAGAAAGUUUAGGUGAAAAACACGUGGAUACAUUAAAAUCGAAAUUUUGGAUUGCAAGAUGCUUUUAUGACAAAAAACAAUUCAAUGAUGCUGAAAAAAUAUUUCAAGAAGUUAAAAAUAUGCAAGAAGAAAUUUUAGGAAUAAAAGAUGCGGAAACAUUAAUUGAUAAAUAUUGGAUUGCGAGAUGCUUAUUUGAUAAAAAGCAAAUCAAUAAUGCAGAAAUUUUAUUCAAAGAAACUGAAAAUUUACAAAAAGAAGUUUUGGGUGAUGAACAUGCGGAUACAGUAAACUCUAAAUAUUGGAUUGCAAGAUGUUUGUAUGAAGAAAAACAAUUUGAUGCUGCAGAAAUAUUACUUAAAGAAGUAGAAACAGUACAGAAUAAGGUUUUAGGAAUGAAACAUGUAAACUCAUUAACUACUAAAUAUUGGAUUGCCAGAUCAAUAUAUAAUAAAAAACAAUUCGAGGAAGCAGAAAAAUUAUUCAGUGAUUUAGAAAAUAUGCAAAAUGAAACUUUAGGAGUCAAACAUGUAGACACACUUAAUACUAAAUAUUGGAUUGCGAGAUGUUUGUAUGAUAGAUCACAAUUUGAUGACGCAGAAAAGUUGUUAAAAGAAGUAGAAAUUAUGCAAGAAGAAUUUUUAGGAAAAGAGAACGCGAACACACUUUAUACUAAAUAUUGGAUUGCCAAGUGCAUUGAUGAAAAAAGAUUCAAAUGAUGAGAAGAAUUUUUUUUUU